AUGAGUUGGUCUUCCUUUUAUCACACAGCCUCCAGGGUUUUUCAUGAGCAUCCCUCCUGGUCUAAGUCUCUUGUUGUAUGCACUAUCAUCAGCGGUGGAGGUCUAGCGGCAUAUGGUGAUACCAUAUCAGCAUAUAGCGAUUCUGGUGAUCAAUUCCCAAAAAAGAAGGUGGUGGUUCUUGGAACUGGUUGGGCUGGAACCAGUUUUGUGAAAAGCAUGAAAAACUCCUCCUAUGAUAUUCAUGUUGUUUCACCACGUAACUAUUUUGCAUUCACUCCUUUGUUACCAAGUGUCACUUGUGGCACGGUCGAGGCACGAAGCAUUGUUGAACCUAUUCGAAAUAUCAGCAGAAAGAGUGGUUUAGAUGUUCAAUUCAGUGAAGCUGAAUGCUAUAAGAUUGAUCCAAAGAACAAUAAAGUUUACUGCAGAGCUACUCAUGACAAAAAGUUUGGUGGAACAGAAGAAUUUUCCCUUGAUUAUGAUUACUUAGUAAUUGCUAUGGGAGCUCGUUCGAAUACCUUUAAUACACCUGGUGUUGAGGAACAUGCCUACUUCUUGAAGGAAGUGGAAGAUGCUAAAAGAAUCCGUCACAAAGUGAUUAACCUUUUUGAAAGAGCGAGUCUUCCUUCUGUACCGGUGGAAGAGAAGAAAAAGCUUCUCAGUUUUGUAAUCGUUGGUGGUGGUCCAACUGGUGUAGAGUUUGCAGCAGAGCUACAUGAUUUUGUGCAUGAAGAUUUGUCCAAGUUAUAUCCUUCUCUUAAAGACCAUGUCAAGAUUACUCUCCUUGAGGCUGGUGAUCAUAUCUUAAACAUGUUUGACAAGAGAAUAACCGAAUUUGCUGAAGGAAAGUUCAAAAGAGAUGGAAUUGAUGUGAAAUUAGGAUCUAUGGUUGUGAAAGUUGGUGAAAAAGAAAUCUCAUCGAAAGAAAGAGGAAGUGGUGAAGUUGUUACUUUACCUCAUGGGAUGGUAGUUUGGUCUACUGGUAUUGGUGCUCGUCCUGAAGUAGUUGAUUUUAUGAAGCAACUUGGCCAGAUUAACAGGCGCGCAUUGGUGACUGAUGAAUGGCUUAGGGUGGAAGGGUGUGACAACGUCUAUGCUCUAGGUGAUUGUGCCACUAUUAAUCAACGUAAAGUUAUGGAAGAUAUAGCUGUGAUAUUUAGCAAAGCGGACGAGGACAAUUCCGGAAUGUUAGAUCUUAAAGAAUUUCAAAAUGUUGUUGGAGAUAUUGUUGAGAGAUAUCCACAGGUGGACAUUUAUUUAAAAAGUCAAAUGAAAGACAUGGCUUCUUUACUAAGUAAAUCGCAGGAAAGCCCUACUACAAUUGUGGACAUUGAAUACUUUAAACAAGCUCUUUCCAAAGUUGAUUCUCAAAUGAAAAAUCUUCCCGCAACCGCUCAGGUAGCUGCUCAACAAGGAGCCUAUCUUGCAGACUGUUUCAAUCGCAUGGAAUUGUGCGAGAGAUAUCCAGAAGGCCCUCUAAGGUUUAGAGGAACCGGACGUCAUCGUUUUCAUGCUUUCAGGUACAAGCAUUUUGGACAAUUUGCUCCUCUUGGAGGAGAACAAACUGCAGCUCAGCUUCCAGGAGAUUGGGUUUCAAUUGGUCAUAGCAGUCAGUGGUUGUGGUAUUCAGUAUAUGCAAGCAAACUAGUCAGCUGGAGAACAAGAGCUUUGGUGAUAUCUGAUUGGGGAAGACGAUUCAUAUUUGGCAGAGACUCAAGUCAAAUCUGA